AUGGAUCUCGACUCUGGGGACUCCCCAUGGGGCGAUGAGCCCUCCCAAUUCAAACCCAGCCAGGACGCUCCAAAGCCCAGUGGCACAGAGGGUGAAGCCGCACCCCCCGCGUCAGACAGCGCGCCCACUGUCCGCACACCCGGAAGACGAGGCCCUCGAGGCACCCGCAAGAUUAGCGCACAAGCAACCAAGCUCGAAUCUGUCGAUGAUUCCGUCGACCCACUCGGCCCAUUGGGCGAAGUCCCGGCCGAGGCUGCCCCGGCAUCGACAGACGAGGCACCAGCGCCACCCCAGAAGGAAGCUUUCUCUGGUCGUGCGCAAUCGCUUUCGUCUCCUCAGGCUAUCGGUGACACACUGGAAUCGGCCAAUGUGGACGAAGAAAGUGCUGGCUUCCGCGGACCUCCGCCUGUUCAACCGCCAACGGAGACAGAUGGACCGAAGCGCCAGACGCAGCCCAGCAUGAGUGUUGAGCAAGCUGCGAAGCCCACCUUCCAAAUCUAUGUUGGUGACCCGCACAAAGUUGGGGAUUUGACGAGUAGUCACAUUGUCUAUCAAGUUUCGACAAAGACCUCAUCGAAAGCCUACCGCAACCCAGAGUUUACGGUUACCCGUAGAUAUCGUGACUUCCUUUGGCUUUACAACUCCCUACAUGCCAGCAAUCCUGGUGUGGUUGUUGCGCCUCCACCAGAAAAGCAGGCAAUGGGCCGAUUCGAUACCAACUUCGUCGAAUCAAGGAGAGCUGCCUUGGAGCGGAUGCUUAACAAGAUUGCCAGCCAUCCUAUCCUCCAGCAUGAUGGAGAUUUGAAAAUCUUCCUUGAAAGUGAGGCCUUCAACGUGGAUGUUAAGAAUAAGGAAAACCGUGAGCCAGACAUCGGCCAAAACAAGGGGAUGCUCAGUUCCUUUGGCAUAUCUGUUGGCGGAGGUAAUAAGUUUGUGGAACAUGACGAUUGGUUCCACGACCGCAAGGUCUACCUGGAUGCCCUCGAGAACCAGUUGAAGGCAUUGAUGAAAUCGAUGGAUACUGUGGUGCUACAACGGAAGGGACUGGCUGACGCAGCAGGCGACUUUUCAAGCUCACUACACGCCUUGUCUGCUGUCGAGCUUUCCCCUGCCCUUUCAUCCCCACUGGAAGGGCUGUCCGAGCUUCAAAUUCGCAUUCGAGAGCUCUACGACCGACAGGCACAGCAAGAUGUCCUGACCCUGGGAAUCACGAUUGAUGAAUAUAUUCGCUUAAUUGGGAGUGUGAAGAUGGCCUUCACCCAACGACAAAAGGCCUUCCAUACCUGGCAUGCGGCAGAGUCUGAUUUACAGAAACGCAAGAAUACGCAAGAUAAGCUACUUCGCCAGGGCAAGACCCAGCAAGACCGACUGAACCAGGUCAAUGCCGAUGUCGCAGAUGCCGAGCGCAAGGUGCACCAGACUCGACUGCUGUUUGAGGAUAUGGGUCGACUCAUGAGAAAUGAGCUGCAGAGGUUCGAGAAGGAGAAGGUCGAGGAUUUCAAGUCUGGUGUAGAAACCUUCCUUGAAAGUGCCGUGGAGGCUCAGAAGGAGUUGAUCGAACUCUGGGAGACAUUCCUCUUGCGCCUAGACGCCGGCGAGGAAGGGCUUCCAUACUAUGUGCCUCCGUCUGAGGUGACUGAUGCCCCUACGGAGUCCACCGAAACAGCCACAGAAUCGACACCAUUGACUGCUGAAGAGGCUUAA